AUGUUUAAAAGUUUCAUCACCAAGGUAGAUGAGAAGUUUGAAAAUCAGAGUGCUUCUAUUCGCAAUUUGGAGAAGCAAGUGGGACAGAUUGCAAAUCAAAUUUCUGAAAGAACUCCAGGAACUCUACCAAGUGACACAGUGAGGAAUCCAAAAUAUUUGAAGGCUGUAACAUUGCGUUCUGGGAAGAUGUUGAGUGAAAAUUGUCAGAGUCCAAAAGAGAAGUCAAGGGAAAGCCAAGUGGAGACAAAAGAAUCUCAUGAAAUCAUGAAGGGUAAGGACAAGUCGGAAGUUGAUAGGGAUAUAAAACAUAUGUCUCCAUUGCCUUUUUCUCAAAAGAUGAAACAAGAAAAGCUUGAUAAAUGUUUUGGAAAGUUCCUUGAGAUGCUAAAACAGCUAUAUGUGAAUAUACCAUUUACAGGGGUUGUCACGCAAAUGUCUGCAUAUGCAAAGUUCCUAAAGGAAAUUCUAUCUAGCAAGAGAAAAUUGGAGAAAACAUCAGUAGUCAAGCUUAAUGCUCGUUGUAGUGUCAUCCUUCAAAAUAAACUACCUCAGAAAUGUGGUGAUCCGGGUAGUUUCACUAUUCGUUGUGCUAUAGGAAAUGUUAGAUUUGAGAAGUCAUUAAGCGACUCAGGAGCCUCUAUAAACCUCAUGCCGCUGUCAAUUUUCAAGAAAUUGGAAGGAGAACUUGGAAUAAUUAAGUCCAUCCCUGUUUCCUUACAAUUGGCAGAUCAAUCUACAAUCAUUCAUGAAGGAAUAAUUGAAGAUGUUUUAGUUAGAGUGGACAAGUUUGUGUUACUAGUGGAUUUCAUAGUGGUGGACAUGGAAGAAAAUAAGGAGGUUCCAUUAAUUCUUGGGAGGCCAUUUCUUGCUACUGGUAGAGCAAUACUUGAUGUAUAUGAAGGACAAUUGAUGCUCAGAGUUGGAGAAGAAAAAGUAGUUUUCAAUAUGAAAAAGAUGAUGAAAUUUCCUCAAGAGGAGGAAAAUUUCUAUUCCUGUUUCAAAGUAGAUAUUUUGACUGAUCUGGCUGAAGAAUAUAAGAAUGAAAACCUUAUGGAGGAGUCAUUGGAGAGAUGCAUCACUGAAUCGAAUAAUGAAGAAGCAAGGUUUUCCAGUAAUUGUUUCAAUUUAUCUUACAGAAGAACAGGAAAGGAAGCUGAUAUAUAUGUUGAGAAGAUACAAGAAGGCUAUCGAGUGGUCUAUUGCAGAUAUCCCAGCAUUAUGUAUGCACAAAAUCCUGUUGGAGGAAAAUAG